AUUUCUCUCUGUGCUGAUUUGUUUAAUAUUCAGUGUACUAUCUACUAUAGAGCAUUAUUCUGAAUUUGCCACUGGAACCCUUUUUUGGAUGGAAAUAGUUCUGGUUGUGUUUUUUGGUGCUGAAUAUGUGGUCCGAUUGUGGUCUGCAGGCUGCAGGAGUAAGUAUGUUGGCUUCCAGGGAAGAAUACGCUUUGCGAGAAAGCCAAUAUCAAUUAUCGAUCUCAUUGUGGUAGUAGCCUCAAUUAUUGUUCUGAGCAUAGGAUCUAACGGACAGGUGUUUGCCACCUCUGCAAUACGGGGGAUCCGGUUUCUCCAGAUACUUCGCAUGCUUCAUGUAGAUCGACAGGGUGGCACAUGGCGACUAUUAGGAUCAGUUGUUUUCAUACAUCGUCAGGAACUCAUAACCACAUUGUACAUUGGAUUCUUGGGAUUAAUUUUUUCAUCCUAUUUUGUUUAUCUUGCUGAGAAGGAUGCAGUUGAUGAGGAUGGGAAGACAGGUUUCUCCAGCUAUGCUGAUGCCCUCUGGUGGGGUGUGGUAACAGUCACAACAAUUGGUUAUGGAGACAAAGUUCCCCAGACAUGGAUUGGGAAGACAAUAGCUUCCUGUUUUUCAGUAUUUGCUAUAUCUUUCUUUGCUCUGCCAGCGGGUAUUCUGGGAUCUGGUUUUGCCCUGAAAGUACAGCAGAAGCAACGUCAGAAGCAUUUCAACAGACAAAUCCCAGCUGCAGCUUCUCUAAUUCAGACUCUGUGGCGGUGCUAUGCAGCAGAGAAAUCCUGCAGUUCCACAGCAACAUGGAAGAUCUAUGUUACAUCACCGGUGCAAAAUCCCAAAAAACCACCAGCGCCAUCUAGCCCUAGCCUGAGAAAACAGGCUAGAAGAUACAAAAGAAAAGGGAAACUAGGCUGUGGUAAUGGUUCUGCACCUGUAAUAAAUGCAGGAGAGAAUGCCUUGUCUGUUCCACAGAUCACUUAUGAUCACAUUGAUGGACAAGAAGACAAAAAAGAUGUGUCUUUCUACAUUGAUGAACCCAGAGUGAAAAGACGUUUAGAAGGGAAUACCCAGGAAAUGUCACGGGCCAACAGCUUCACUGAUGACAUUGACCUUGUAUCAGAAGAGUCUCCACUGCCAGCUGUAUCUGACGUGGCACAAUUAACUGAAGUACAUCGAACAGCUGUAAAAGUCAUCAGGAGAAUGCAGUAUUUUGUAGCCAGAAGAAAAUUUCAGCAAGCUCGGAAACCAUAUGACGUACGCGAUGUGAUUGAACAGUACUCACAAGGACACCUCAAUAUGAUGGUUCGGAUAAAAGAACUUCAAAGAAGAUUGGACCAUUCCUUGGGAAAGCCGGGCCUUUUCCUCUCAGAAAAAGGGGUAGACAAAGGAUACUAUACCGUAGGAGCCAGACUGAUCCGGCUAGAGGAUAAG